AAAUAUGGCGCCGCGAGCGAGGAAGAAGACGACCAAGCCGGAGCACCCACCUCAGCUUCUCAGCUUCAGCUUCGCUUCGCUACAGAAAAGCAUCUCGGAAAAGCCAAGAACCAAACGGCUCAGCUCUACGUCGCGUUUGCUAAUGGCGACAACCUCCUCGCUCGCGCUGCCGCUGUUCGCCGGCGGCGGCGGCUCCGACCGCCUCAGCCAGGAGAUCUUCUCCAUCCUCGAGUCCAACUUCCUCUUCGGCGCGCCGCCGCCGGAGGGGCCUGCAGGUUACUACUCCUCCGUUGGCCGCGUCCGCGUGCUCUCGAUUGAUGGCGGCGCCGACGGCGGCGCGCUCGCCGCGGCCGCGCUGGUCCGCCUCGAGCGCCGGCUUAAGGAGCUCUCCGGGAACCCCGAUGCCCGCGUCGCCGACUACUUUGACCUGGCGGCCGGCUCCGGCGCCGGCGGGUUCCUCGCCGCCGCGUUGUUCGCAUGCCGGAUGCCGGCGGAGGCGGCGCGCGACGUCGUUGCCAGGAACCGGAAGGUGUUCUCCGGCCGCCGUGGGCGGGGGGGUGGCCUGUUCUGGAGGCCGGAGUCGGUGUUCAAGAAGGUGUUCGGCGACCUGACGGUGAGGGACGCCGCCAAGCCGCUGCUGAUACCCUGCUACGACAUGGCGACGGCGGCGCCGUUCGUCUUCUCCCGCGCCGACGCCGUCGAGGCCGACGCGUUCGACUUCCCGCUGUGGCAGGUCUGCGCCGCGGCGUGCGGCGUGGGCCCCGCCGAGGUCGCCUCCCUCGACGGCCGGACCAGGCUCCGCGCCGCGGCGGCCACGGGCGGCGGCGGCGCCGUGUCCAACCCGGCCGCGGUGGCCGUCACCCACGUGCUCCACAACAAGCGCGAGUUCCCCUUCGCCGCCGGCGCCGGCGACCUCGUCGUGCUGUCCCUCGGCGGGAACAACGCCGCCGCCGGCCCCCGCGCGUCGUCGUCGAGCCUCCUGCGCAUCGCCGGAGCUUGCCAGGCCGACAUGGUGGACCAAGCUGUAUCAAUGGCGUUCGGCGAGUGCAGGGCAACCAACUACAUCCGUAUCCAGGGCAAUGGCAUUGUGGCCGGAGCGGCGGCGGCGACGGCGGAGGCGGCGAUGACGGAGAGGAGCGUGGAGUCGGUGCUGUUCAGGGGGAAGAAGGUGAUGGCGCAGACGAACGGCGAGCGGCUGGACGGCGUGGCGGAGCAGCUGGUGAGGGAGCACCACCGGAGGAUGGAGAGCAAGGCGCCGGUGGUGCUCAUCAAGCCGUCGGCGACGCCGCGGACGUCGUCGUCGUCGGCGUCCACGCUCAUCACCGUCUCCACCAACGCCUCGUCCGAGUCGCCAUGAGAGAACUCUACACCACCAUCAAACUUCGCGCCAAAAUUAACUACUAGCUUUGGGUUUUUAUUUAUUUUUUAUUUAAAUUUUUUUUGGAUGCUGAGUUCAUCUGUUUGCUUGGCUAGUAGUUGGCUUUGCUUUCUUUUUCUUUUUUAGUUUUAGCGCGAGCGGCGCCGGCACAUCGGGUUUUGGUUGCCUGCCGGCGCCGCCGGGCGCUCGCGCUCCCGGCCCGCGCCGCCGCCGCGGGCGUCGCCGGCGGCCGGGAAGAAAGAGGAGAGUGGCCGAGUGAGAUUGUCAGGAGAGGCUUGUCUAGCUAAGUUAGGAAAGAAGAAGAAGAAGAAUGCCGCGUGACGUGGCAAGAGUGACGUGUGCCACUGCAGCUGAAGCUUUACAGCGUGUGUAUGUACAAUUGUACUGGCUACUGUAGGUGGGUUGCUUGCAAUGUAAUGCGAUCAGUGUGGGCGUUUUGCUGAUGUAAAUUUGUAACUGUCCGUGCAAAUUUGCCAGGGAUCAGUUGAGAUUUCAGAAAAUUUCAGAACAAUCUGGCCAUCUUCAGUUCA